AUGCCUCAGACAGAUAAGCAAAUAUGCAUUCCCCCGGAGCUGCCGGAGUUGCUGAAGCAGUUCACCAAAGCCGCCAUCCGGACCCAGCCGCAGGACCUCAUCCAGUGGGCUGCAGACUAUUUUGGGGCCAUGGCCCGUGGAGAGAGCCCUCCAGUGAGGGACCGGUCUGAGCGAGCCCCUUUUUCGAACUGGGCAGAGCUUACACCUGAGCUGCUAAAGAUCUUGCACUCUCGGGUUGGUGGCCGAUUGAUCGUCAAUGCAGAUGAGCUGGCCCAGAUGUGGAAGGUGCUCAGUCUCCCAACAGAUCUGUUUAAUAGCGUGAUGAAUGUGGGCCGAUUCACGGAGGAAAUAGAGUGGCUCAAGUUUCUAGCCCUUGCUUGCAGCUCUCUCGGAGUAACCAUUGCAAAAACUCUCAAGAUAGUGUGUGAAGUUUUAUCAUCUGACCAUGAUGGUGGACCUCCACGUAUUCCUUUCAGCACUUUUCAGUUUCUCUACACAUACAUUGCAGAAGUGGAUGGGGAGAUCUCUGCCUCACACGUCAGUCGAAUGCUGAAUUACAUUGAACAAGAAGUAAUUGGUCCAGAUGGUUUAAUCAAGGUGAAUGACUUUACCCAAAACCCCCGGGUUCGGCUGGAGUGAAAGCACCCUUUUGGCACUUUUAAAGAAGACAGAGAUGAUUGAGCUUCACAAUGAUUAAAUCUCAUCCGCCAUCUGAUGUCGAUUUUCUUGUUAAACUGGUACACACUAAUAAACAAUUAGGCAAACAUGUGGAAUCAGAAAUGUGUGAAAGUGAGAUGUAAGAUUGUUUGAACAAAACAGAAGAUUAGCAUUCUCCUAACACAGAUACAACACACAAAGCCUGGAUAGAAAAUGAUUUCGACUCAAAGCCAGACAGUGAAGGUGCCACCUGGAUUCUGACCAUACACUCCUAUUUCCUAGGGUACAACAGUAUCCACGCACAAUUUUGAGGUGAGUCCACAGGAGGCACUAAUAAAGCAUUG